AUGGAGAGCAAGAGAAAAGGCAAUUGUGGAUGCUCGUCGCUGCCUACAAGAAUCAUACAAACAAUUACAGACCUAGUAACAGAUGAAGAUAACAAAUUCAAAUAUCUAUACUUUGCAGUAGGUGCUUCAAUAAAAGGUUGGCAACACUGUACACCAAUAAUAGUCACGGAUGGAACCUUUUUAACAAACCAACAUGGAGGCACUUUGUUGAUAGCAAGUACACAAAAUGCAAAUAGACAUAUAUUCCCACUUGCAUUUGCAGUAGUAGAUUCCGAAAAUGACAGCUCUUGGGAAUGGUUUCUUCACAAAAUAAAGGAAACUUAUGGCGAAAGAGAAGGUCAAUGCAUCGUAUCAGAUAGACAUGAGAGUAUACUAAAAGCAAUAAAAGAGACCCUUCCAGAUAUAAUGCAUGGGGUAUGUUGUUACCAUUUGAUGAAAAAUAUAAAAAUGAAAUUCAAAAAAGGAGGUGAUGAGCUCAAGAUUGCAUUUAAUAGUGCAUCUAAAGCUUACAACAUAGAAGAUUUUGAAAAGAGCAUGCAAGACUUGGACAAUAUAGAUGUAAGAAUAAGAGAUUACUUGGUGAAUGAAAUUGGUGUCGAAAAGUGGACAAGACUAUAUGGCAUGAACAGGAGAUACAAAAUAAUGACAUCAAAUAUGGCCGAAUCAGUCAAUGCAGCCUUGAAAGCAGUAAGAGACCUACCCAUCUUAACUCUACUAGAAUGCCUACAUUCAUUGGUGCAAAGAUGGUAUUGGGAAAACAAGAAUAGAGCCCAAAAAACUACAACAACACUGGAAAAAAUACCUGAAAAAACAUUAAAGAAACAAAGAGAUAUGAGUUUAAAGUACAAGGGUUAA